CCAUGAAAUCGACAACCUAAAGUGCACUGAAUUCACCCUGAUCUGCUGUGUGAACGAUGUUGAGGAAGAUCUCGCCGUUCUGUGGAAGAUGGUCGCCGGAACUGGCCAGGCCAUCGCGCCGCACAACUCCUCGAUCAAUGCGGGCCCUCAGGUGAAGAGCGGUUCCAAGAAAGUGCCAGGACACCCCGAACCUCGACCCAAGCUGGAGAAGCCUUCUGCGAAGAGCAAUAUUGGCGGGCAGCUUGAUUCAGCAUGGCUGCCACAGCCGGUGUACUGGAAUGGUGCUUAUAGGGACUUUUCUCCUGUGCACACGGACUCGGACCUUGGGCCCCACGCGCUCUUUCAGCGAGAGCUCAGUCACCGUGCCUAUGACAAUGGUUCUCAGAGUCGACAUCGAGGGGCUGUCUCUGGUGACUCCGUUGACCCAAGGGUUUACGAUAAAGACGGCAAGAAAGAGAGCGAGGACAGCGACGCCAAUGAUUCUGGCUACUGUCUCAUCUUCAAAGACGAAUACGAGAAUUGA